UUGACCUGACACACUCAACAUUCCUGUUCCUGAAUCAUCCUUGAGGGAAAGAAGACACAGGGAUCCCGAGAGCCAGCAUGCCUUGUGGCUCGGCGGCCACUGUGCUCCUGCUCCUGCUUCUGCUCCAUGGUGCCUGGGGUUGCCUAGAUCUCGUCUGCUACACGGAUUACUUACAAACAGUCACCUGCACCCUGGAAACCAGGACCCUCCCCCACGGUGUGCUCACCCUCACCUGGCAAGACCCAUACGGAGACCUGGAGGAUGAGGUCACCUCCUGCAGCCUCCUCCGGUCCGCCCACAACGCCACGCAUGCCAAGUACACGUGCCAUAUGGAUGUGUUUCACUUCAUGGCCGACGACAUUUUCAGUGUCAAUGUCACAGACCAGUCCGGAAGUUACUCCCAGGAGUGCGGCAGCUUCCUCCUGGCUAAGAGCAUCAAGCCGUCCCCGCCUUUCAAUGUGACCGUGACCUUCUCAGGACAUUAUAACAUCUCCUGGAGCUCCAGCUACGAUUCCUACGCGCUGAAGGGCAAGCUGCAGUACGAGCUGAGAUACAGGAAGCUGGGAGGACCCUGGGCCCCGCGUCCAAGGAUCAAGCUGAUCUCGGUGGACUCGAGAAGCGUCUCUCUCCAUCCCUCGGAGUUCCUGAGCGACUCGAGCUAUGAGCUGCAGGUGCGCGCAGGGCCCCAGCCCGGCUCCUCCUUCCAGGGGACCUGGAGCGAGUGGAGUGACCCGGUCACCUUUCACACCCAGCCGGGGGAAGAGAUCAAGGGAGGCUGGCACCCUUCCUUGCUCUACAUCCUCCUGGUCGUCAUACUCCCCAUCCUCGUCUUCUUAGGCCUGAAGAUCCACCUGCCUUGGAGGCUGUGGAAGAAGGUGUGGGGGCAUGUGCCCAACCCACAGAAGUUCUUCCAGCCCCUAUAUGUGGGCCACAGUGGAGACUUCAAGAAAUGGGUGGGCGCCCCCUUCACUGCCUCCAGCCUGGAGCUGGGACCCCGGAGCCCCGAGGUGCUUUCGUCCCUGGCGAUGUACAACCAUUGCCCGCCGCAGAGCAGCACCAAGGGGCCGCAGUCCAUGCAGCUGCCUGAGCCUCCCCACCUGGUGGGAGCUGACGGGGUGCCUGAGCCAGGCUCCUGGGGCCAGGCCCGCUCCCCUAUCGGCAGCGUGGGUGGCUCGGCUUACAGCCAGGAGAGGGACCGACCAUAUGGUGUGCUGGUGUCCAUUAACACCGUGACAGUAGCAGACAUGGAGGGCCCGUGUGCCUGGUCCUGCACCUGUGGGGAUGACGGAUACCCGGCCCUGAACUUGGACGCCAGCCUGGAGCCCGGCUCAGGCACUGAGGACCCCCUCCUGGACCCCGGGACUACAGUCCUCUCCUGUGGCUGCGUCUCGGCAGGUGGCCUUGCCGGGCCAGGAGGGCCUAUGGGCAGCCUCCUGGACAGGCUAAAGCUGCCCCUUGAUGAGGAGGCGGGCUGGACCCCAGGGCCACUGUGGAGUGGCGGGCCCCCCAGAGAGGCAUCUGACAGCGAAGCAGGCUCGCCUCCCGCCGGCCUGGACAUGGACACUUUCGACAGUGGCUUCGCGGGCUCUGACUGCGGCAGCCCUGUGGAGUGUGACUUCACCAGCCCCAGGGACGAAGGCCCCCCCCGGAGCUACCUCCGCCAGUGGGUGGUCAUGGCGCCUCCGCCCGAGGGACCCGGGCCCCAGGCCAGCCAGUGAGGCUGACCCGCAGUCCGGAGCUGGCCGAGCCGUUCCUCCUGGAGUCAGAGCUGUGCUCACCUGGGCCGUGGGGUGA